AUGCCGCUGGUUGUGAACGUGCUAGAGGCACUAGAUCUUGCAUUUCUGGAACGUGAAGAGGCAGCAGUUGAUCAGGAAAUGCUCAAAGAAGAUAACGAACAGCUCGUCACGCAAUAUGAAAGGGAAAAACAGUUGCGAAGACAGGCUGAACAGAAGUACAUGGAAAUUGAAGACAACCUCAUCGGUCAGAACAAAGAGUUGGAGGCGAAAAUUGAAUCUCUUGAAUCAAUCAUGAGAAUGCUAGAACUGAAAGCCAAGAAUGCUUCUGACCAUGCGUCACGGCUCGAGGAACGCGAAGCUGACCAGAAAGCUGAAUUCGAUCGUUUGCAUGAAAGGUACAAUGCAUUGUUACGUACACAUGUCGACCAUAUGGAACGUACCAAAUAUCUAAUGGGAAAUGAUAAGUUCGAGUUAAUGCAGAACAUGCCACUUCCACAAGCGCAGCUUCGUACCAGAAUGGGAAUGGCUGCUUCGGUCGAUGCGUCGAGUAUUCGCGGUGUGUCCGACUUAAUCAGUGCCCAUAUGUCUCAGAGUACAACGAUGGACGUCAAUCUCGCAAACCAUAUCAGCAAUGAAGCAGAUUGGCAAGACGAGUUCUCGUCUGACGUUGAGCCAUCUCCACGAGACAUGACAUCAGAAGAGGAAAAAGCAGCUCCAAGUACAGCUUCAGAAAGCACAACAAAACAUACCAGAGGAAGUGAACGGGAAGAAGAGUACGGCAAUCUCGUUGAUCCGGCGGAGUUUGCAUCAGCGGUUGCUAAAUGUGGUAAUGUGGUGUUGCAUUCAACAGACAUUGCGAAUGGAGAUGAUAUCCGUCAAAGAAAGCAGCCUUACCGGCGGACGGCGUCGCUGGAGUCGGAGAGCGGAAUGGGACGAGAAGUUGAAAAUCUUAUCAAGGAAAAUAUGGAACUUCUUGAUAUGAAGAAUGCUCUUAACAUUGUUAAAAAUGAUCUUAUUGCAAGAGUUGAUGAGUUGAGCAGUGAAAAUGCAAUUCUCCGGGAUGAAGUGCAUAGUUUCGAGAUGGUACGGGUAAAGAUGAGCGAAAAUAUUACGAAGCUCGAAGAGGAACUAAAAUCCGAGGAAGUCCCUCUCGCGCAGAGGAAGAGAUUCACACGCAUGGAAAUGCAACGGGUCCUUAUUGACAGAAACAUGUACAAAGAAAAACUCAUGGAACUUGAAGAAUCUCUCAAAUGGACUGAAAUGCAGAGAGCGCGGAAACUUCAGGCACAAGCACCUCCUCCGAAGAAAGGAGGCAUUUGGGACUUUUUCUCGGGCCUGUUUUUUUGGCGAUCAAGUCGCCACGCGAACUGCCAGCCCGUCGAGCAGGAUUACGUGCAGACGGACGUGGAAGGAGUCAGAUGA